UCUCUCUCUCUCUCUCUCUCUCUCUCUGUGUUCAGACGGAUCCUCUUACUCUAAUGUCGGACCCUUGGUCUGCACAAGUGCCGCUCCCUCACGCGGUGGAGCAACUGCUCGAGGAUAUCUGCAGGAAGCAGAAGCAGAAGCCCCCAGCCGCCGACGUGCGGCUGAAGCUAGCCUCGCUAGGCGAGGAAGCGGCUCUGGAGAUCCUCCGUAAGAUAUCGGCCUCUGUCAUCAAGAGCACCCUCAGCGCAUUCAUCGUCUACAUGAUAAAAAACGAAUCCCCUCAGAGACUUGCCCCCGUCUCUCCUCUUCGCACUCCCUCCUCUCCUUCCCGCCUCAUGUUCAGCCCGCCACAAGGGAAUCUGAGAGGCUCACCCUCAUCAAGUUUGAGGUCAGAGAGUGCUGUUCGUCUCAAGUUAGCGGCCUGUAUAACAAAUAAUUUAUAG